UUUUCCAGUGAGCUGAGCAAUCGCGUUUUGGCUGUUCCGAAGGGUCAUCGAGGGAGCGGCAAAAUAGCAGGCAGGAUAUAUCAAAUAGGAUAUAACAGAUAGAUUAUACCAAAUAGGAGACAUCAGAACAGCAACGCGGCAACGCAACGACCGACGAAACGUUCCAAACGCGCUGGUGAGGCGGCGCCUGUUUUCCCUUUGAAUGAGCGGCAUGGAGAAGACCAAGAAGAAGAAAAAGAACAGCAGCAACAGCCAAAGGAACAAACGCGAGGAAACCGCCGCGACCAUUUUUAAAGUCCCCCGUUACAUCCCCCAGGACGACGUAGAUGGCGGCGAAUUCUACGCCAAGGGGAAAGAUGAGGCACUGAAAAAAGAGGAUGGCCUGCCCAGAGGUGACCAAACAGGCACCCCACGAGUUGGUGACCCUGCCCAGGGGGGAGAAGAAAAAUCCAGCCACCAAGUGGAAGCAGACCUCCACUCCGACCUCGACUUAGAAGCAACUGAAAAGGUAUGGUUUUCCAAUUUGUUGCGCAAAAAGGGGGAGCAACACUCCGGGGAGGGGCAUACACAGGGCGGGUCAGCUCCCUUCUCGGGAGGAAAACCCAAAUCGGAGGAGGAGGAAGAAGAAGACCGCACGGAAGAUGACGAGGAAGACGAAAUUGUUAUUAAUGCCGAUGCUAUUUUUAAAAAUAUUUAUCCCUUUUUUAAAACGGAGGAGGACCCAAAUUAUUUCAAGUACAAAAAGCAGCUGCAGAAAAUUGUAAAAAAUAAGUCGUGAGGAGGUUAGCGGUGUCCCGUCCGUUUUGCCAGCACCAGCAGAUGAGGAGCCUCGAGUUCUCUCUCCCACCUAGCGUAGCUGUGUCUAAGAGGGUACACAUGUGGGAAUUCACC